AUGGCGCGCUUCCAAAUUCUUCUCGCGGUCCUCGCAUCGUUUGUCUGGGGCUCGAGUGCGCAAUUUGGCUUCUUCGAUCAGAUGUUCGGUGGUGGUGGUGGACAGCAGCAUCAGGAGCCGCAGAAUGUGAGGAGUGAUGCUAGUUGGUAUCAGGCGCAGUACGAGGCUGCACAAUGCUCCCACUACCUCUGCCCCGGUACCCUUUCUUGCGUCCACUUCCCACACCACUGCCCCUGCGCAUGGGAGAACGUCGAAGACAAAGUCGAGCUCGGUGACGGAAUCGCGAUUUGUGGAAGCAAGGGAGGAUGGAACACUGGCGAGUUUGGCAGGAAGGUCGAACUGGCCAGGAAGGGCCUGCUAUAA